AUGAAAGCAUAUCAGUUCGAGACAGUCGAGGAGGGACUUUGUCUGAAGGACGUCCCAGUACCCAAACCUCCCCUGGGUGAAGUCCUCAUUGUAGUUGAAGCAGCCGGUAUCUGUCACUCAGAUGGCCAUGCGCUGAAAGGUCAGGGUGACUGGCUAGGCAAGCUCCCUAUCACGCUCGGCCAUGAGGCAGCAGGCACGGUUGCCGAGUUGGGGCCGGGAGUGACGGACUUCAAGAUUGGAGACCGCGUCGGUGUUGCACUUCUCCCUACAGACUCUGGGGACUGGAGCCAUAUCAUUGGAGUCGGGAGAGACGGAAGCUACGCCGAGAAAGCUCUCAUUCCUGCACACAGCCUUGUUCACCUCCCGGAGAAAGUCUCUUUUCCGGCGGCUGCAGUGGCCAACGACUCGAUUUCGACGGCUUACCACGCCAUCGUGGCUGAAGCCAAGGUCACUGCGUCGACAACUGUGGCCAUCGUUGGUCUGGGAGGACUGGGGCUCAAUGCAGUCCGUAUCGCUUCCCUGCAAGGGGCCACGAUUUAUGGAGUGGACAUUGACGAGAAGAAAUUCGGCGACGCGAGCUCUCUGGGGGCCACAGCGUGCUAUCAGAGAUUGGCUGAUAUUCCCAGCGAUAUCGUUCUCGAUGUGGUGGUCGAUUUCGCCGGCGUGGGUGUCACCACACAGGACGCCAUGCUGCGAGUCAAGCCUAGCGGAACUGUGGUCAUGGUUGGGCUGGGAGUAGCAAGUUUUGAACUGUCCACACAUGUCCUUCUCCUGCGCAACAUCACUCUCCGUGGAUCUCGAGGCGCAACCAAAGACGAAUAUGUUGAAGUCCUCAGGCUAAUCGCAGCUGGCGAGAUUGUUCCUAAGUUGGAGGAGGUCCCAUUCUCGGACGUUCCGGCGGGCUUGCAAAGACUCGAGCAGCUCGGCGUGGUGGGAAGAUUGUUCACUCGGCCAAAUGCUUAG